AUGGCAACCUACGUGCAGCUGAGCACCACGGCCAAGAUGCCCCUCGUGGGGCUGGGCACCUGGAAGUCCCCAGCUGGGAAAUUAACAGCUGCAGUGAUGGCUGCCAUCGAUGCUGGGUACCGCCACUUUGACUGUGCCUACGUGUACCAGAAUGAGAGUGAAGUUGGGGAAGGGAUUCAGCAGAAAAUCAAGGAAGGUGUUGUGAAACGAGAAGACCUCUUCAUCGUCAGUAAGCUAUGGUGCACAUUUUAUGAAAAACCUCUGGUGAAGGGAGCCUGCCAGAAGACUCUUGCUGACCUGAAACUGGAUUACCUGGAUCUCUAUCUCAUGCACUGGCCUCUUGGGUUCAAG